CUGCGCCAGACAUCAAUUUUCCACACUGCUACAUAUUCGUCGAAUCAUCUCUCGCCGACCUAGGCCAUCACAGCUUCAAUUACAAUACCAAGUCACUCCUGUACAUCUACUAUCAUGAGCAUGGACGCAGGCGGUCUCGCUCAGAUGACCUACAACAACUUCAACAACGCCGGCUUGGGAAUGCCAGGUGCUGGCUUUGCUUCCCGUGGUAAAGGCUCCCAGCUCAAGCGCCUCAGUGUUGCAUCUCCUCCCAAGGUAGCUUCCAUCAGUGAGACGCAAGAGUCUGUGCCUACCCCUAGGACCAGUCGCUCCCAUCUUCUCGCCGGUCUUCGCACUGCCCCAAAGACCCCAACUGGCCCUGUCCCAGCCUCUGCGCCUUACAACCAAGCUCAGCACCGUGGCUACAACGAUCAAUACAGGGGCUACGGACAAGCGAUGCCACAAACCGCCACAGGUGCAACCUUUGGCAGUAAUGGUUACGGGCAGCAAUACGGCAUGAGCGCCCAGCAGCAGGUUUAUUCACUCCCGGAGCAAGUGCUUGCACCUCCAACCAUGCAGUACGCCCAAGACGAGCAAACUGACCCAAACUUCCUCGCUCAAUUGAUGGCCACCGAACUUUUCUUGGAGGAGCGCCGGAAACAGCUCCAGCGUCAGCUUUUGAGCUUGACGAACCAGGGUCUCCCAGUGGACGACCAUGCCAGCUAUGGUCAGCAAUAUUUGAACCCUACCAUGGGCCAGCAGAUGAGCUAUCAGCAGCAACAAUUUCUUGCACAGCAGCAGCAGCAGGCCAUGAACGCUGUGCAGGUUGCCUUUAACCCACUUACUGGCCAGUACCAGUACGUUGUGGACCCAAGUAUGCAGACUCAGCUUGCCAGUUCACCACCUCCACCAACUCCGAGCUACACUUCGUCGCCUCCCAAAACACACACUCCAACUUUCCGUGCUGAAGUGACACCACCUGACGAGAAGGUCAAUCCAUUCGCUCGCUCCUCUUCUCCUCCGAAGAAGUCGCCGUCUCCUCAAGCUGAUGUCACUCCCCUUCCACCACCAUCUGCCAACGCUUUUCGCCGUGGACAUCAUAAGAAAGUAUCCUCCCUCGCAUUGAACAGCUCCGCCGAUGUUGUUGAUGGUCCGCGAUCUGCUAUCACCCGCCCAGUCGGAUUUCCGCAGACUCCCCAAACUGGUACUUUUGGACCUGGUCAAGCUCGUGCCGGCGAACACCCGGUUCGUCAACCUCGGGGCCCACCAUCAAUCGAAGAGCUCAGGGCUGCGCCGACUACAAAGCACGAAGGCAGUAAGAACUUUGCCACGCGUCAACGUCGUCACGCCGUCAAGAAUCUUGUGCGCGCUGGUAUUGAGCGUCGUGGAGUGCGCUCUGGAAGCCCUGGCAGCAUGACUCCAGUCAGCGAGACUGACAUGUCAUACGAUUCCGACAGUGCUCGCAGUGGGAGUCUUUCCGGUAAGCCCAGCAUUGGGAGUCUUCGAGCUGCUGCGAACGGAGCCAUUGGUUCCGAGCGCAAGGAGUUGGCUAGAAAUCGAAGCAGUGCCGAUAACGUCUGCUAUGCCAACAGCGUCAGCAGUGACGAGGGCACCAAUGUUGGAGGUAAACUUGUGGAGGUGAAGGUUGAAGACGAUAAGCCUGUAACCGACCGUCGCAGCAUGAUGCCUCGCCUCGUCCUGACCAGUGCCGAGAAACGCAAGAGCAACAUGUGCUAGAUGGAAUACAUGAAAUGGUCCUUCACAAAAAAACCCGCGUGCUCAUAGACUUUCGGUAGAUCCAGAGUUUAUUCGAGGUGCGCAUGUCUCGACACACGCCUAUGCCGUUCGAUGCACAGACAUUUACAACGGCCUUAUUCAUGAAUCUCCUUUUAGUUCGUUCUUAAGAGCUGAA